CCAGACAGCCCGCUAGCGGCUCUCCUCAUUGGGGCGCGCGUCAAGUUGACACGAGGAGCUUGAUCCAAUUGCACAACCGCCAGGCUCCAACCUUGGGGACCAUCACACCCACCAAGCAACCCUGACGACAGAGCUUCACCUGCCAUCACCCCAGAGCCACCCCGACGACGACGACGAACUUCCGCACCCGGAGAUUCGUACCAGCCACGAGCCACGCGCCGACUUGGACAGCUAGCUAGCUAUGAUGGAAUCCACACAAAACCCAUCUGGCUCCCUGAGCUGGCGGCUCAGCUCGCACCCUAUCACUCUGUUAACGUUCCUCGCCUUCCGGGCUUCGUCCCUCCUGGUGUACCUCUUCGGGGUCAUCUUUACCGAGAAUAUGGUCAUGAUUUUCAUCGUCACGAUGCUGCUCCUCGCGGCCGACUUCUACUACCUCAAGAAUAUUGCCGGGCGGCGUCUCGUGGGCCUGCGCUGGUGGAACGAGGUCGAUCCGACGACAGGCGACAGCCAAUGGGUCUUUGAGAGCAGCGAGCCCGGCACGCGGACCAUCAACGCUACCGACAGCCGCUUCUUUUGGCUUGCAAUGUACUCGCAGCCUCUGCUUUGGAUCGCACUGGCCAUCCUGGCCAUCAUAAGAUUCAAGCUCAUGUGGCUGCCUUUGGUUGCCAUCGCCCUUACUUUGACAAUCACAAACAGUCUUGCGUUCUCGCGGUGCGACAAGUUCAGCCAGGCUUCCAACCUCGCUGGCAGCGCUUUGUCAUCGGGCAACAUCGCCGGUGCACUGGCGAGUAAUAUGGCCAGUCGCUUGUUCACGUUUGGCCGCGGUUGAUGGCAAGUGCUUCUGGAAGAUUCAGACAAGAUGAGCACCAGUCGAUGAGGUUUUAUCACUCGUGAUAUUUCUGUCCUUCGGGGGACGUCAAAUGCAUGACAGUGUGCUGAAGCAACUUCGUCUCUGAGAAGCGAGCAUUUGACGUGGGCACAGAACUGAGAUAUAUAGCGCCAUAACGAAUUCGAUAGCUUUGCUUGAUGCCACACAGUACCGGGCUGCGCCCUCCGUUCGUUUGAAGCGAGGAGUCGUGAAACACCAUCUUUGAGCGGUGUUCGCCAUGGUCGCUAAUAUGUAGUGUACAAGAGUGAAACGAGUAUCGUCCGCAAA